GCUCCAAAUUCUGUCGCGCACUUUAUCCAAGACGGAUGUAAAAGUUCGAAUCAGAGUCGAGUUUUUUUCAGUAAAGAAGUGCCUUAGCCAUAGGAAAAAACCAUGGCUUCCGUGUUACAUUUAAUUUUUACUCUCAUUGCUUUGAAUAUUUGUUCUAGCGAUGCACUUCAGUCAGUAGCGCUGCCUAAACAAUCAACAGAUGAUGCCAGCGUAGAAGAUUUAAAGGAAAAAGUCGAUCAGUUGACGGAAAUCUUGAAACAACAAGGAGAAUUGUUAAAAUAUCUGGCAAACGAGAGAAAAGCUGACGAGAGAAAAGCUGACGAGUCAAAAAGCGGUUCAACAAUAGGAAAAGUUGUUGAAGCUGCUAGCUGGGCUUAUUUUGGUUACGAAACUGCGAAGGAAUUAUGCCAUACUAACGUCUUCGAUGGGUUCUCCCUUGUAAGCAGAAUCAAAAAGUAUGCUUGUCCUUCGAAGAAAUUCUUCAGUGGCUGAUGAAACGAUAAGAAACAUUUAACAUUUUUGGGGGGAAGUCGACAAAUAUUAAUAUGGGGCGAGCCGCGAGCUGUAGCCUAUAACCUGGCCCUUCUGUCAAUCUUCGCCUUAUUUUAGUCACCAUUUAGUAGACAAAUCAUUUUUGAGUAAGUGUUGUAAACCUUAUGCAACGGUGCCCGAAUGUCACUUUUAAGCGCUUUUAAGCUAAAUCUUGUAUCUUGGUCAACUGAGCUGCUCAGCCAAUACCCUUGCGUAAAUAAAUGGCAAAACUCUGAAAAUUGA